AUGUCCUUGCAGUUCGGUUCCGACAAGAUACCUCAGAUAAAAUGCUUCUACAUGAUAGAAAAAUAUAAGAAGAAGCUGCAAAAGUUAAAGCAGCGUAACAGGGAGCUCAGGGCCUCUAUGGAGAAAAAGAGGAAAGACAUCUAUAUGGAGAGAUAUUUCCUUAAUAAGGAAAAGGAGCACCUGUACAGCGAACUGGCCAAAGAGAAAGAAAAAAUCGAAAUCGAACAUCUCGAGAAAACCAAGGAACUAUACAACAGCUACUUUGCAGAUAUAUUUCUCUACGAACAGGAAUAUUAUCAGUGCAUUUAUAAAGUCUUUAAAAAUUUGCUACUCAAGAAGGAAGAAAUUGACGAAAAGGAAAGGCGCGUUCUUAAGUUGCAGGAACAUGCCCGGAUGACCCUCUCAGACAGGAACGUAAGCCAAAGGGAAAACACACACUUAGACGCAAACGCAAACGCAAACGUAAACGCAAACGCAAACGUAAAUGAAAAGGAAAACGCAAAGGCAGAUGUGGAAGAAAAAAUUGGACGUGUUGAGGGGGCUAUGAUCAACCAUACGGAGGAAAAGAACCAUAUACAGGGCGACAAACAUUUCGACAUAGACAAUUUAUGCGAUUUGAACAUUAACGAAAUUUAUCAAAGUAUCAUACUGGACCAAGGAGAAUGUCCACACGAUUUAAGUAACGAAGGUGAUGAAUUCUCUGAGUCCAUUAUGAGGCACAUUCAAACGAACACCAAUUCUCACCUCUUCUUGGAUGAACAGUACGAAUUUGGCAGUGAACAGUGUAGCAGUUUGUCUAGAGGGGAAAAAUGUGAUAAUGUGGAGGAAGGAAUAAGAAAAAGUGGAACGUUUAAGAAAGAUCCAUUUUUGGAGCUCAGUUCAAGUGGAAAAGCGGAUGAUGCGCACGCGGAAGAAUUACGUAACCCACUUGAAGAUGAAGAUAAUUCCGGCUAUGAUGAGGUGAUCCAGAAAAAUGUGUCGACUUCUCAUGACAAACUGCAACAAAAGGAUUGGCAUGUGGGAGGGGAAGGAGAAAAUGAUAAAUGCAAUGUGCAAGAUGUACGUUUUGAGCAUGGAAUGAUAGACUGGGAUGACGCAACCGGGGAUGCCCACUCCGGUGGAGAAAAAAUGGCAACCCAUCGUGAAGAAGACAAAGAGAGUAUCCUUUCCAAAUCGGGAGGAACAGAACAAAGGGAGGAAAUGGACGAAAAGGGGGGAAUAGAACCGGGUGGGGACAUCCAUUUUGUUAAUCAAAAGGAAGAAAUAAAAUGCCUCGAAAAAGAGGAAACAUAUAAGGGUGAAAAAGAUGACCCAAAGGAAUACCACCCAAGCAAUGAUGAUGCAUACAUAUGUAGUGAACAUUUAGAAAGUGCGGAAUUUAUACCGCCUGAAGAACUGCAUGGAGAGAAUCGACACAUUGCCAUGAAUGUUAAUCCGUUGAACGAUCUAGUUAAAGAAGAGGAACGAAAUAACGAUCUACUGGAAAAGAGAGAGAUGGCAAAUGGGAAAAAGGAUAAUGCGGAAUUGGACCAAGUGAUAGAAAAUAACAUCGACUUUAAUAUAUCGAGCUACUUUAGUGGAAGCUACGAAGACAUCGCUGAUUGUGAGGUGGUUGCACUGAACGAUGAUGGCGCCGAUGGUGCUAACGAUGAAGAUAUCCUUUAUGAUAAGAAUGAAGAACCAGAAUAUGACAUGAUCGAAGAGCGUGUCUCGCGUUUCGAUUUGGAAGAGCUGGGGGACUCCCCUGAGAAGAACCACAUAAAAAGAGGGGAAAUACCAAUUGGGGAAAUCUGCACGGUAGGGGAUCCCACAAAUCAAACUAAUCCUAACAGACAAAUCGACCAUGAACUGUACACGAACCAAAUCAGUGGCAUAAAAAACGAAGAAAAUACCACGAAAGGAAAUAACCCCUUAUCAUCCUUCAAGGAGCACAUUAACAACUUCUACAAUGAGUAUGAACACAUGAGAAGGUUCAAUGAAGAUAAGCACAAAAUUCAAUCAUCCAUUUUUAAGACUCUGUAUAGUUACCACAAUGAGUAUUCUAUUCCGAUAGAGAAGAUGCAGACCUUUGAGAAUUACGUGGAGGAGAUUAGCCAACUGGAGAAUUAUGAACAUAUCCUCAGCUUCAUCAACGGAGGGGCUGAGGAUCAGGUUGAUGCGCAUUGUGAUGAUAACCCCAAUGGAAUUUCUCACGAUAUAACAAAGGAACCACGGGACACUAGUGUGAACUCCAACUUAGGUCUACAUACAGUCAAAGAAUUGAUAAAUUACGUGAGUGCAAGUGCAUAUACGGGGAAUGAUAAUAAGAAAAGCGGAUUCAAGAAAAAGAAACAUAAACAAUGA